GAAAAAUAUUUGGCGGAACCGGCAAAAGUAAACAAAUGGGGUAAGUUCCAACCAACUUGCUACCUGGAAAUAAUCAAGAAGAGAAACAUGACUUGGUCUUCGACUAGAGGCCCUUGCCCGCGUAUCUGCUGCUAUAGCUUAUGUAUGUGAACAUAGGAUACUGAAUUGCCCUGAAAUGCAUCUCAAAUGUUUGAUCAAAUGCGUGAGACACGAAAGUAGUAGAUACAGUGGGCUUCAGUUAUGUGGUGUUGGCGGAACUAUCUCCAUUAUUAACUUUAGCAGUCACAAUAGAACUUAUUUAUAAACUAAUGCGUGUGCUAGUUAUUCCAUUCUUGCUGUUGUGUAUAUAUUUGAUUGAUUUUUCUAAUUUAUGUUUCUUUUAGUUGACUUCUUUUCAUAUCUUGUAUAAAAUUAUUGGAUUUCCUCAAUUGACUACCCAAUUAAUAAUUGCAUUUGAAGAAGAGAUUUUUGCUUGUCUAAGAAUAGGAAACUAUAGAAAAAGAAAGAGAAGAAAUGGAGAAUGUUGUUUUCAUGAAAAAAUUUAUCGCUAAGGCCUAAGCUCCUAAUCUCUUAGUACCAUGAAAUUUAUUGCUCUUAAAUCAUGUGCACUGUUCAUUCUUUAGAUUCUAUUGAUGUAAUAGAUUUUGUUGUCAUAAACUCAAGGAAAUCAAAAGACAUACCUCCAUAAUUUGCAGUGUUGAUAAUCAAAGGUGGAAGACUAGUCAUUAGUCAACCACAGUAUUCCUUACGGCCUUACGGGGUUAAAGUCCUUACAUAAUAUGUGGAGGUAUAUGUACGUUUCAAUGAGAGGAAAAUAAAGACAACGAUGCUUGCUGUGAUUGAGACAGGUUCAUUCUAUCUCCUUCCUUGAACCUGUCCUUUGGCAGAUAUAAGAAGAGCCAUCAUGGUUUUUCUAAUCUAAAUUCAACUCUCUCCGAUUACCCAAACCAUGUUUUUCAAGUUUCAAUAAGAUGCUAAAACAAAAUUAGGUUCCAAAUCUGCUUUCAAGCUUAUGCAAUGCAAUCUUUUGCAUUAGAUGCUUUCCAUUUUCUCCUGUUUUCGAGUCUUCUGUAUUUCUGCUAUCCUGCCAAAGGCCAAAUAUAUAGGUACUGCGAUGGUGCUUCAAAUUACACGUACGGUAGCAUGUAUGAACGGAACCUUAACCUAACGCUCAAUUCACUUGCUGUCAAUGCUUCUAAAACCGGCUUCUACAUCACUACUAUGGGGCAGAGCCCUGAUACUGUUUAUGGCCUCAUACAGUGCCAAGGUUAUAUCUCCAAUGUAGAUUGCCAAACUUGUGCGGGCACUGCAGCUGACAAAAUCACCCAACUUUGUCAGAACAAGAAGGAAGCACUUAUAGGAUUUAUAAAUUGCUCAUUACAUUAUUCUGACUCGCGCUUCUUCUCAACUGCCAAUAGUAUCCCAAGAUACUCGUUAUGUAAUGUGCAGAAUGCAACUAACCAGACACUUUUUGAUCACCAAUUGGGAAGUUUGCUUAGGAAUCUCUCAUACAGUGCUGCCGAUAGUCCUUCUAGAUACGCUGCAGGUAGCAUUGCUCACACAGCUUUUGUUGACAUACAUGCUAUGCUGCAGUGCACUGGAGAUUUAGGAAUAGAUGACUGCUUCAGUUGCUUUGGAUAUAUAAUCCGUUAUAUUCCACAAACUUGCAAUGGAAGUGUAGGUGGUCAGAUAUUCUCUAUGAGUUGCAGUCUUCGGUAUGAGAUAUAUUCAUUCACUCCGUGGUCAUCACAACUUCCUCCAGCCGAAAUAGCAUCUCCUCCAUCUUUGCUCCAGCCCAACUCAACUCCUAGUGCAACAACAAACUCAAAGGAUGAUGGGAAAAAGAGCACUUCAAGAACCAUUGCAAUAGUGGUGACUCCUAUAGCUGUUGCAUUGGUAUUGAUACCCAUCAUUUGUGGUUUCGUCAUCUGGAAAAAGGCUAAGAGAAAAGGAAAUGAUGGUCCUGAAGAAUAUGAUAAUAGGAGUAUGGAAUCGCUUUUGAUUGGACUAGAUAGACUCAGAGUUGCAACUGGAAAUUUCUCUGAUGAAUAUAAACUUGGAGAAGGCGGUUUUGGUCCAGUUUACAAGGGCAAACUUCCUGAUGGACGAGAAAUAGCAGUCAAAAGGCUCUCGAGCUGCUCAGGGCAAGGCCUAGAAGAGCUAAAAACAGAGGUAAUGUUGGUUGCUCGACUGUUGCAUCGCAAUCUAGUAAGGUUGUUGGGCUUUUGCUUAGAAGAAGAGGAGAAGCUGCUUGUAUAUGAAUACUUGCCUAAUGGAAGCUUGGACAAAAGUUUAUUUGAUCCGAUGGAACGAUUGAAUCUCAAAUGGGAGCAACGAUACAAAAUCAUUGUUGGCAUUGCUCGAGGACUACUUUACCUGCAUGAAGAUUCUCAGCUCAGAAUUAUUCAUCGGGAUUUGAAAGCCAGUAACAUUUUAUUGGACGAGUCCAUGAAUGCUAAAAUUUCUGAUUUUGGUUUGGCAAGACUGUUCUCUGGAAGUCAAACUCAAGCCAAAACAAAUCGAAUUUCUGGGACUUGUGGUUACAUGGCACCAGAAUAUGCUAAAAGGGGGCGCUUUUCCCCCAAAUCCGAUGUUUAUAGUUUUGGUGUUCUAGUCUUGGAGAUUGUCACUGGUCGAAAAAGCUCCAGUUUUCGCAAUUUGAUGAAUCUGCAGAGUUAUGCGUGGCAACAUUGGGUUAAUGGAACGGCUCUGGAGUUGCUGGAUCCUACUCUGGGUGACCAAUGGCAAAAAUAUGAAGUUUUGAAGUCCAUCCACAUAGGGUUAUUAUGUGUUCAGGAACUUGCAGCUGAUAGGCCUACAAUGUCUAAAAUUAUCAUGAUGCUUAGCAGUAACGCUGUAACCUUUGCAUCGCCAUUGCAGCCUGCAUUCUUUGUCCCGGUGGAAGGUUUUGUGUCAGAUUUGGCUGCUAAAAAUUAUGUUGGAGCUCAAAGCUAUAGAUCUGUGUUGAAGUCAUUGCCGCAACAAUCUGUAAACGAGAUUUCAAUCACCGAGUUUGAUCCUCGCUAGUGUGUAGUUGUAUUGUUGGAUCAUCAUAUCAAGACAUUGUAAUAUGGUCCAAUUUUCAAGCAGUUUGUUGAAAAUGAGACUCUGUUUCACAUAAGAAUUCCCACUGAAAAUGCAAAAAUGAUUUGGUUUCAUUAA